AACUUUUUGAAAGCUGGAACUGGAAGUGUAAACAUUGAACUGAGGCGGAGGACCGUUUCUAGUUUUAAAUUGUUUAGGGGGGAUAACGCAAACAGCACGCAGGAUGGACGCCGCGUCCUCCAAAAGCGACGCUCCCGGAGAGCAUACGGUGGCGGCGCAAGUUCCCUUCAUUCAUCUCUGCACGACCUUAGAGAAGAUCCAAAAGGCCAAACUGCGUCCAGAGAAAUCCAAGAUCCUGGGGGAUUUCAUCGAGUCCUGGCGAAAGUUCCACGCCGCCCUGCACAAAGACAACCCCCAAACCGCGGACUCCUUCUAUCCAGCCAUGCGGCUCAUCGUCCCGCCGUUCGAGCGCGAGCGGAUGGCGUACGGCAUCAAGGAGAGCAUGCUGGCGAAGCUUUACAUCGACGUGUUAGGCCUGCCGAAGAGCGGGCCGGAGGCCAACAAGCUGCUGAACUACCGCGCUCCGACGACGUCCCAGGGAGAGGCCGGAGACUUCGCCGGGAUGGCGUACUUCGUCCUGAAAAAACGGUGCACCAGCCAGGGGAACCUCAGCAUCAAAGAGGUCAACGACUUCCUGGACUCGGUGGCGUUGAACAACGCCAGCAAGAAGAAGGAUCUGAUGAGGAAGAGCUUGCUCCACCUCAUCACCCAGAGCUCCGCCCUGGAGCAGAAGUGGCUCAUCCGGAUGAUCCUGAAGGACAUGAAGCUCGGCGUCAGCAAGGAGACCGUGCUGCAGGUCUUCCACCCGGACGCCGCCGAGCUCUUCAACGUCAACACAGACCUGAACAAGGUGUGCCAGCAGCUCCACGACCCCUCCGUGUCUUUGAGCGAUGUCUCCAUCGGGCUUUUCUCCGCUUUUAAGCCCAUGCUAGCGGCGGUGGCUAACAUCUGCAACGUGGAGAAGCAGAUGGGCAACAGCCCCUUUUACAUCGAGACCAAGCUGGACGGCGAGCGAAUCCAGCUCCACAAGGACGGAGACGUCUACAAGUACUUCAGCCGAAACGCCUUUGAGUACACGCAGCAGUUUGGGGGAUCGCCGCUGGAGGGAUCGCUGACGCCGUACGUCCACAACGUCUUCAAAAGCCACGUGGUGAGCUGCAUCCUGGACGGCGAGAUGAUGGCGUACAACCCGGCCACGGAGACCUUCAUGCAGAAGGGGAGCAGGUUCGACAUCAAGAAGCUGAUGGACGACUCGGAGCUGCAGACGUGCUUCUGCGUGUUCGACGUGCUGCUGGUCAACGACCGCAAGCUCGGCAAGGAGGCGCUGAAGAAGCGCUACGAGAUCCUCCAGACGGUUUUCACCCCCGCCAAGGGGCGGAUUCACCUGGUUCCGAAGAGCGAAGCCAGAACCGUGCAGGACGUGGUGAGCGCGCUCAAUGACGCCAUCGACAGCAGGGAGGAGGGGAUCAUGGUGAAGGACCCGCUGUCCAUCUACAAGCCGGACAAGCGCGGCGAAGGCUGGCUGAAGAUAAAGCCCGAGUACGUGGACGGCUUGAUGGACGAGCUGGACCUGCUGAUCGUCGGCGGUUACUGGGGGAAAGGCCGGCGGGGAGGUAUGAUGUCACACUUCCUGUGUGCUGUCGCCGAAGCUCCAAAGCCGGGCGAGAAGCCGUCAGUCUUCCACUCCCUGUGCCGCAUCGGAUCGGGCUACACCAUGAAGGAGCUGUACGACCUCGGCCUCAAGCUGGCCAAGCACUGGAAGGUCUACCGGAAGAACGACCCGCCGCCGUCCAUCCUGUGCGGCACCGAGAAACCGGAAGUCUACAUCGAGCCCUGCAACUCCAUCAUCAUCCAGGUGAAGGCGGCAGAGAUCGUCCCCAGCGACAUGUACAGAACCAACUGCACCCUGCGCUUCCCCCGGAUCGAGAAGAUCCGGGACGACAAGGAGUGGCACCAGUGCAUGACCCUGGCCGAGCUGGACCAGUUCCGCGGCAAGGCGUCCGGGAAGCUGGCCUCGCGCCACCUCCGCAUCGACGACAACGACCAGCCGCAAAAGAAGAAGCGCAAGCUGCCACCCAAAGCCAAGAGAGUGGUCGGCGUCCUCGACCACUUCAAGCCCCAAGAUCUGACCGGCGUCUCCAAGGAGACGGAUAUGUUCGAGGACGUAGAGUUCUGCAUCCUCAACGGCACGGACGACCACCCCAAAUGUGAGCUGGAGAAGGGCGUUGCCAG